AUGUUGAGAGCAGUGACAUUGUUAUUCAAAAGUCCAAGAGGAAGAAAAUGGCAAUGUAUACACUCUAAAAACAAUUAUUCUGUUGUUGCUAGUGGAUCAACUAGUCAUUUGAUGAGGCAUUUAAAACAAACAUGUCAUGUUUACAAGAAGCUAGUAGCACAACAAAAAAAAUUAAACUUUCAGCCAGCAAAAAGCAAGAUUGAUGAGAAGCUUUCUGGACCACUACUAAUGAAUUCAGGAGGUAAAUAUGACCAUGAAAGACAACGAGAAGCCACCGCACAUUGGAUUAUGAUGCAUGAACAUGCAUUUAGUAUUGUUGAGGAAGAAGGUUUUCAUUUUAUGAUGAAGUGUUCUAAUAUUUCAUAUGAGAAAAUUAGUCAGAAGACUUUGAAGAAUGAUUGUAUUGCUGUUUAUGAAGCUGAAAGAAAAAAGUUGAAGUCUACUUUAAGGACAGUAAAUAAGAUUUGUUUGACCACUGAUUUAUGGAAGUCACAAAAUCAGAAGAUAGAAUACAUGGUGUUAACUGGCCAUUUCAUUGAUGCUGACUGGGUUUUGCAGAAACACAUUCUUAGUUUUGUUCAUGUUCCUCCUCCUCGGCGUGGUGUUGAUAUUGCUGAUGCUAUCUUCAAAUGUCUUAAAGAUUGGGGUAUUGAAAAUAAAAUAUUUAGUGUGUCAGUGGAUAAUGCACAUUACAACGAUAGAUGUUUGAAAGAGUUAAAAGUUCUGAUUUUAAGGCACCAGAAAUUAGUGUUAGAUGGAAAGUUAUUUCAUGUGCAUUGUUGUGCACAUAUACUAAAUUUGCUUGUUCAAGAUGGUAUUGGGAAAAUAGCAAAAAUAGUUGAAGACGUGCGUGAAAGUGUGAAGUUCAUCAAUCAGUCUGAAGCAAGGUUGCAAAUAUUCUCACAAAUAGUUCAAUAA